GUCGCUCCCAGGUGACGCUUGGCGUAGACAACGUCUGGUUGCGCCUGUCAUCUCCCUCCGCUCCUCUCCAGGUUGGUGCUGAGGAGUUGUAGGCGCCAUGGCGGUUCUGCUGGAGACCACUUUGGGCGACGUUGUCAUCGACUUGUACACAGAGGAGCGGCCACGAGCUUGCCUGAAUUUCCUGAAGUUGUGCAAACUAAAGUAUUAUAAUUAUUGUCUUAUUCACAAUGUCCAGAGGGAUUUUAUCAUACAAACUGGUGAUCCUACAGGAACUGGCCGUGGAGGAGAGUCAGUUUUUGGUCAACUAUAUGGAGAUCAGGCAAGCUUUUUUGACGCGGAAAAGGUGCCAAGAAUUAAGCACAAGAAGAAAGGCACAGUGUCCAUGGUGAACAAUGGCAGUGAUCAGCAUGGAUCUCAGUUUCUUAUUACUACAGGAGAAAAUCUAGAUUACCUUGAUGGUGUUCAUACAGUGUUUGGUGAAGUGACAGAAGGCAUGGACAUAAUUAAGAAAAUUAAUGAAACCUUUGUUGACAAGGAUUUUUUACCAUAUCAAGAUAUCAGGAUAAAUCAUACAGUGAUUUUAGAUGAUCCAUUUGAUGACCCUCCCAAUUUAUUAAUUCCUGAUCGAUCACCAGAACCCACAAGAGAACAAUUAGAUAGUGGUCGAAUAGGAGCAGAUGAAGAAAUUGAUGACUUCAAAGGAAGAUCAGCUGAAGAAGUAGAAGAAAUAAAGGCAGAAAAAGAGGCCAAAACUCAAGCUAUUCUUUUAGAGAUGGUGGGAGACCUACCUGAUGCAGAUAUUAAGCCACCAGAAAAUGUGCUGUUUGUGUGUAAAUUGAAUCCGGUAACUACCGAUGAGGAUCUGGAAAUAAUAUUCUCAAGAUUUGGCCCAAUAAGAAGUUGUGAAGUUAUCCGAGAUUGGAAAACAGGAGAGUCACUCUGUUAUGCUUUCAUUGAAUUUGAGAAGGAAGAAGAUUGUGAGAAAGCAUUCUUCAAAAUGGAUAAUGUCCUUAUAGAUGACAGAAGAAUACACGUGGAUUUUAGCCAGUCUGUUGCAAAGGUUAAGUGGAAAGGAAAAGGUGGGAAAUAUACCAAGAGUGAUUUCAAGGAGUAUGAAAAGGAACAGGACAAGCCAUCUAAUUUGGUUCUGAAAGAUAAAGUAAAGCCCAAACAGGAUGCAAAAUAUGAUCUUAUACUAGAUGAGCAGGCAGAAGACUCAAAAUCAAGUCACUCACACACAAGUAAAAAACACAAGAAGAAAACACGACAUUGCUCUGAAGAAAAAGAAGAUGAAGACUACAUGCCCAUCAAAAAUAUUAAUCAGGAUAUCUACAGGGAAAUGGGGUUUGGUCACUAUGAAGAAAAUGAAAGCUCUUGGGAGAAACAAAAGAGUGAGAAGAGAGACCGACCUCAAAACCGAAGUCGUAGUCGAUCUCGAGAAAGAGAUGGGCACUAUAGUAAUAGUCACAAAUCCAGACACCAAACAGAUGCUUAUGAAAAAGAAAGAAGCAAAAAGAGAGACCGAAGCAGAAGUCCAAAGAAAUCCAAAGACAAAUCGAAGUAUAGAUAAAAUAUGAAUUAGGAAUGA